GACCCGGUGGACUACCGACAGACCCGGUGAGCUACCGACAGACCCGGUGGCCUCCUCCCCGGUCCCCCCAUGGCCCUGUACCUGAAGGCUGCGGAGGUCCUGGAGAAGGCCUCCCUGAAGCAGGCCGCCCUGAAGACCCUGGUCUACGACAGUCGGUUCCCGAACAUCAAGCAGCUGUUCGCGCUGGUCUGUGAGACGCAGAAGUUCUCCUGCGUGCUGGAGGAGGUCAUCCAGACCUCCGGGCUGCUGAAGCUGACCCGGAUGAAGAUGCACCUGGCCCAGGUGCUGGUCUACGACCUGCUGAUCGGCCGCGGGCUGAAGUGCGGCGGCUCCUGGAAGAGCCUGAUGCUGAAGCACCGAGCCCGGCUGCAGGCGGUGCUGGCCCGCAUGAAGGUGAAGAGGAACGUCAGCAGGAACCAGGACCUGCUCCCGGUGGAGGUCCAGCAGCAGGUCGGGCUCCGGCUGCCCAGGUACGUGCGUGUGAACACCCUGAAGACCACCGUGGAGGAUGCUGUGGACUACCUGAAGAGGGACGGCUUCUCCUACCUGGGACAGGCCUCCGGGCUGGAGGACCUGACCCUGAGGAAGAAGGACUUUGUGCUGGACCUGCAUCUGCCAGAGCUGCUGGUCUUCUCUCCUAAAACUGACUUCCAUGACCAUUUCCUGUACAAGGCGGGUCACUUCAUCCUGCAGGACAAAGCCAGCUGCCUGCCCGCCUUCCUCCUGAACCCCCCGCCUGGCAGCCACCUCCUGGAUGCCUGUGCCGCCCCUGGCAACAAAACCAGCCACCUGGCCGCCAUCAUGAGCAACAAGGGGAAGCUGUUUGCUUUUGAUUUGGACGCCAAGCGUCUCGCCACCAUGUCCACUCUCCUGCUCCGGGCCGGGGUCACCUGCCAGCAGCUUGCACACCAGGACUUCCUGGCGGUGGACCCUGAGAGCCCACAGUUUAAAGAUGUUGAGUACAUCCUGCUGGAUCCAUCCUGCAGUGGAUCAGGCAUGGUGUGUCUCCGGGACGAUGCGUCAUCUGGCGACCAGGAGAAGGUUCAGGCUCGUCUGGCCUCCUUGGCCUCCUUCCAGCUGCGAUGCCUGAACCACGGCCUCAAGUUCCCUCGCCUGAAGCGCCUGGUCUACUCCACCUGCUCCAUCCACAGGCAGGAGAACGAGGAAGUCGUGAUGGCCGGUCUGCAGCAGAACCCCGGCUUCAGGUUGGUUCCUCUGCUGCCUCAGUGGCCAGAGCGCGGCCUGGAGCCCGUCCCUCAGUGUCUGCGUGCCAGCACCACCAAGACCCGCACACAUGGCUUCUUUGUGGCUCUGCUGGAAAAACACAGUGAUGCUGGGAAUAAGAGGCCAGAGCCAGCGGUUCAGAUAAGAGAGCCAGAGGUGACGGCACCGAGCCCGUCCACAUGUGAGAAGAGACCUGAAGCUUCAGAAGGAGAGUCUGAAGCUUCAGAGACGGAGGACAUCCAGAUAACUGCCACAGAACAGACUGACGGGGAACCCGACCAGAAGAAGAGGAGGAAGAGGAAGAGGAAGAGGAAGAAGAAGGCAGCAGCAACCGUGGAGUGAUGACAAGUGUAAAAUGGGACUGAUGCAGCAUGUUGUCUGGAAGGAAUGCUUUGUGUGAUGAAAUGAAAGUAAAGAUGA